CGGGGGUCGUGCCCCCCAGGCCGAUCUCCCGGCGCUUCCGCCCGCCCCGCAGCGGCACGUGUCAGCCGCCUGGGGUUCUGCUCUGCCCCAGGGCCCCGUGGAUGCCGCCGAGAUGGGCAAGGUGCUGUCCAAGAUCUUCGGCAACAAGGAGAUGCGGAUCCUGAUGCUGGGGCUGGACGCGGCCGGGAAAACCACCAUCCUGUACAAACUGAAGCUGGGCCAGUCGGUCACCACCAUCCCCACCGUCGGCUUCAACGUGGAGACGGUGACUUACAAAAACGUCAAGUUCAACGUGUGGGAUGUCGGGGGCCAGGACAAGAUCCGCCCCCUGUGGCGGCACUACUACACGGGCACGCAGGGGUUAAUCUUCGUGGUGGACUGUGCCGACCGCGACCGCAUCGACGAGGCCCGCCAGGAGCUGCACCGCAUUAUCAACGACCGGGAGAUGCGGGACGCCAUCAUCCUCAUCUUCGCCAACAAGCAGGACCUGCCGGAUGCUAUGAAACCCCAUGAAAUUCAGGAGAAACUGGGCCUCACCCGGAUCAGGGAUAGGAAUUGGUACGUGCAGCCCUCCUGUGCUACCACAGGGGAUGGACUCUAUGAAGGGCUGACAUGGUUAACGUCCAAUUAUAAAUCCUAAUGAUAACAGUAACUACUUAGUCUUCAGAGAAUUAAAACAAUAGCCUGCCUGGUUUCCUAGAAGAAUGAUUCUCUACCGAAAAAGUAAAACCAAGCAUCCAUAGGAUUAUUAUGAUCACUUCUCCAGUUUCCUUCUAUUUGCUGACUGGAUUCCUGUUUUAACUCUUCUUGCUUGGCAUUAGGAUGCUAUAAUCUCCAAAUGUGACACGAACACAAGCACUAGAUGCUAUGGCAGACUUCCAGCAAACGGUGAAAGACACACUGUAGAUUUGCUAAGUAAUAUUUUUCCUCUCUUGAUAGCCCUUAUAAUGGUUUGAUUCUUUUUUUGGGGGUGGGAGGGGGGAAUAACCAUUUUCAAUGUAUGCUUUCUGGUUCUACUUUUUUGGAUUUUUUUUCUUUAUCACUUGCUGUAGACUGCUUCAUUUUGCAUUCAUGCAGAAUAUGUUGAUAGGUCUGUUCCAUCAGUAAACUGAAAAUUAUUGCUUAAAAUCAAACUGCAGUCUGUCUUUUUAUAUUGAGGACUUUUUAAAAAAAAAAAGUAUUUUUUUAAAAAAAGUCCUUAAUCUGUAACUAAAUAGUAACUUUAAAUCUGUCUUUUCAGACAUGGUAAAUAAAACCUUGCCUACAGUGGCAAUGAGAAUACCAUUGUAAUGUUCAAAGUGCAUAUCAAGGUAAUGUUAACUAGGUAACUAAGAACUGCAUUGAAAUGUCAGCUGUGAAGUUCUGAACCAUACAUCAUGCAUGAGUAGGGAUGCAAAUAAAUUCCCCAUAUUGCAUAGCAAGCAUAUAAUGAAUAAAAUGUGAAUGAUGUAAUAGUUUCAAGUUAUACUCUACUCACAGUUCCUAUGUCUUGCAUUGCAAGGUUAACGAUGCUUAGCUGCAAUCUUAACUAGUUUGUCAGUCUCCUCACUGUGCAGAUAGCUUUUUUUCCAGAAAAUGUUUCAGUAAGGUGUAAACAUUACUCCUUGUUUUUACUUUAACUUACCAUUAGGCAAAAAUCAAUCUGUCUUGCUUCUCUUACAGUAAAGCAAAGAUGCAUUUGUUAAUCUUGAGACAUUUCCUUUUCCAAAAUUUGAAAGUCUCAUGUUUUUUAGAAAACAUGAAUCUUUCUAUCAGCUGCAAAAACCUCUCCACUUGUUUCCAUAUCAUGAUCACUUGAAUAAGCAAGCUCAGUUCUAAACUUUACCUGAAAUGAAUCAUUUUAACAUUUGAGUAAUUGGCUUUUGAGGAUGUCCACAACUUAGUUUUUACAAGAUCACAGUGUAACUCAUAAAUUUCUGAACAUUUGUCCCUCUGUUUUUUUAAUGUUACUGUAAUUCUGUAUGAAAGGAACUGUUGAAUGUCUGAAUUUAAAUCCAUCGAGUAAUUACUAAUAAGGGUGGGGUGUAAAGAGUGAGCAUAUGACUAUGAAUGUAAACUUCCAUAUGUAGUUCUUAAAGAUACAAGCAGCUCACUUCCAUAGUACACUUUUUCAGAUGUUUCUGACUAGCAAGUUGUGGCAAAAGCAAAACUCAAACCCAUCCAGGUUGAAAGUUCAGAUUUAAUUUCAAUCAAGUAUUAAUACAGGGUGCGGGGGGGGGGAAAGGCAGCUGGGUUUUAUUCAGCCUUAAGGAUUAAUUUCAGAUUUCCUCAAGGAGUAAACUCAACUGGGGAAUUCUAGGAAUGUAACUACAAAACUAGAAAAAUGUUUUGGGUUUUUUUGAGGGUGUAAGUUUUACCUUAGAUUGGGGCAUUACACUACAUUUCCACAGUGUUGAUUCUGCAUGUUAAGUAUAGUGUAUUAUGGAGCUCUUACCAAAGAUCUAUGGGGAGAUAAAAAUUGAAGUUUAUUUCCUAAAAAACUAAUGCUUAGAAAUCCCUUGAAGAAAAAUGCUUAGAAUAUGGCCCAAAAGAGGGGACAGACAGUCUUUGUCUGUUGCAGUGGCAAUGAAAGGGUUUUGGAUGAUACUAGGAAAGAUAGCAAUGAUUCAGAAACAAUUUUGUAAAAGGAAAAAGUACAUUAAAAAAAGCAAGGCAAGUUAAUUUACUUUAAAUCAUAAUUCUGAAAGGGAAACGAAGUAUUCAUUUAAAAAGUCCUUACUAAAUUGUUGCUCUACUUUCUAUUAAAAUCUAGAAAUUCUUCAUUUAAUUUAACGUAAUUGGUAAAAUAGUGUGGUAGUGUAAAGGUAUUAAAACCAAACACCCAGGGUACAACUCUUUUCUUCUGGAACAAAAAUUAAGUCAAGCACAAGGUAAAUGCCUAAACUGGAAGACUUGAAACUCUAAGUUUUCAAAUUUUCUUAAACAUCUCAAUCAAAAUGAAAAGUUGAUUUUUUUUUUUUUCACUUUCAGUCUAAAGUGUUCACUGUAUUCUUUCUCUUCAAACACUUUGGGGCAAGUUUAAAUUUCACUAGGUUUUUACAUUAAAUUGAAUUCACAAUUUUGUAUUUCUUUGGUAAUUUUGUUACUUUAGAUAUUCUGUUGUGUAGGUAAAAUGAAUAAAUUUAAUUAUACUCUUGAAUUCUUAAAUGUUUUGUUCUGGGGAAAAAAAUUCUUAAGUCACAAACUUUUGUGGCAGAUAAUUCAGAAAUAAAUGACCUUUGCUACUGAACAAAAAUAGAAGCUUCAUUUUCAAAAUGUCUUCAUAAAAAGCAGGGGGGUCUUGGGGAGCAAUGCAAGUAAUUAUAGCUUGCAGGUUAAAGUUACAAUCUGUAAGAAUUCUGAUAAUUAAAAAAAAUCUGAAUUUUAAGUGCAUCAACUUCUGUGUUCAUAUGAAUUUACAGAGUAAACUGGAAUACAUUUCUGAAUGGUAUUAAUCUUGUCUGGUAAGUGAAUGAGUCUGUAGAUUUUCAUCUCCCUGACUACGGUAAACAGGAAUUUUGUGUUCUCAAUAUGGUUGUAGUGUUGGUAAAGAACUAACGAGCAGAAAAUAAAGCAAUUAUAAGUAACAUA